AUGAAGACUAGUCUUGUCACCUUGUUCGCUGCUGUCCUGUGUGUGGAGCAAGCUUACCCAUUUAUCUGCUAUGUGUGCCAAGAACAGGAGUCCAACAAGAACUGUUUGACCAUUUCCAUGUGUGCAAAGGAAGACAAAUACUGCGUGACUGUCCGUAACAACGUUGGAACAAAGCCCAACAAGCCUAAAUAUGUCAUCUCUAAGAUGUGUUCUCCAACGUGUCCAGCAACAAGUCAGCAACAAAACCAAACCUAUCAGACGGUUUCUUGCUGUGAGAAACCAUUAUGCAAUGUGAAUGGAGUCAGCAGCAAGGAAAGCAGCUAUGGAGCGAUGUCCCUGGGUGUCCUAGCCAGUAUCACUUACAUCUUUGCAUGUGGACUGUGA